AUGGCAAUCGGCCAAACAGUGACCGUGGUCAACAAGUCUGGCAAAGUCGUCAGUACGGGAAAACAUGUCGUCAAGGUGUUCAAGGAGGCCAAAUCGGCGUACAGAGAGCGCAAAGCCGAGAUCAAAGCUGUGCGCGAUGCAGAAUUCGAACAAAAGCGUGUCCAGAAGACACUCGAAAAGUUCACACUCGAAGACGAUCGUGCUUCACAAGGCUCUCGUCGUUCUCACAAAUCGAGAAAAGAGAAAGGAUCACAUCGCGAUCGUCCACUUGUAGAUCGUGGUUACUCGGACAGUUUUUAUGUCAACGACAAGCCUGCAACCACGAGAAGCCAUCGAAAAUCUGGCCUUCGCAACGAGCUCAGUCCAGACGGUGAAAGACAGCACAAUGAACUGGUCCGAAGACAUACCACCGAUAUGGGCCAAGAAGUUAGGAGACCAAGGACUUCACGCUCUGCAUCCGAAGCGGAUAUUGAUAUGGAUCUCGCUUACGGCGAAUUACCACCACCACUGCCAGAGCGUCCUCAGGAGAACGAAGUCGAGUUGCGAGACAAGAUGACAAAACUCCAACAACUCCUGGACGAGGCGAAUUGUGUUCAGCACUCUGUUAUCGCCACUAUCGAGAACCUACAGAAGAACCCAGAUGCCUUAGCCGCCGUGGCCUUGACUCUCGGCGAAAUCAGUACUAUGGCAAGUAAGAUGGCCCCUGGUGUAUUGACAUCGAUGAAAACGGCGUUCCCAGCCAUUAUUGCCUUGCUUGCUUCGCCACAAUUCAUGAUUGCUGCUGGCGUUGGUGUUGGUGUCACAGUCAUCGCAUUCGGUGGUUACAAAAUCAUCAAGAAGAUCCAAAAGCGCAAGGAGGAGGCUGCCGAACCCAAAGCCGGAUCGCAACGUCAGAUUGAAGAAAACGAAUCCGUGUCUGAGUAUGAUGAGCUAUACGAACUCGACACCGACCUUAGCCACAUAGAGGUCUGGCGUCGUGGCAUUGCCGAUGCCGAAGCUCAGAGCCUGGGCACAAGCGUCGAUGGCGAAUUCAUCACACCUGAUGCUGGCAAACACCUUGUCGCUGAUGGCGUGCUUCGAGAAGAGGACCUCAAGUCUAUGCGCUCGAGCAAGUCUCACAAGACCUCCAAGUCGAAGAAGAGCAAAAAAGACACAAAGACCGAUAAAGACUCUACUACCAGCAGCUCCAAAGACAAAGAAAAGCGCAAGAAGAAAGAGCCAAGUGGCUUGAGAAUGCUAUUCAAGACGCGUGCAUAA